AUGGCGUCUAGUGUGGAUGCCAAGCUCAUGAGGCGGACUAAGUUCCCCCCUGAGUUCAAUAAGAAGGUGGAUAUGACCAAGGUUAAUAUUGAGGUUAUGAAGAAGUGGAUCGCAAGUCAAAUCUCCAAGAUAUUGGGAAACGAGGAUGAUGUCGUUAUCGAGCUCUGUUUUGCUCAUCUGGAGGGACCACGCUACCCCGAUAUCAAAUCUCUCCAAAUCCAACUCACCGGAUUCCUAGACAAAGAUACCCCCAAGUUCUGCCAAGAGCUGUGGUCGUUGUGUCUAAGUGGCCAGGCCAAUCCACAGGGCGUUCCGAAGGAGCUCUUAGAGGCUAAGAAGCUUGAACUCAUACAAGAGAAGGUGAUUCUUGAGGCCGAAAAAGCUGCCGAAGCACUCCGACGCCAAAGGGAGCAAGACCAAAACCGCGAACGAGAGUUGGACGACGAAGAGGCGGUGAUCGCGGGAGCCGUGGAGGUCGAUUCGGAGGACGAGACUUCAACAGACGACCUUCGCCUCCUGGAGAUCGAGACCGCAGCCGAGACCGCAGCCGAGACAAAUUCCGCGAACCACCAUCUCGACGUGACUUCGACUCCUACGUGCCAUCUGGUAGUCGUCGCGGCCGCCGUCCAUCUAGAUCUCCCCACGGUACCCGUUCUCCAUCUCGGUCCCCAAAGCGAUUGUCACCAUCUCGCCGAGACCGCGACGAGCCACGCCACAGGCGACGCGAACGCCGUCCCCGUUCCCCAAGCAACUCAGUAUCUCGCGAGCGACGCAACCGCGGAGGAACUAGAAGACGUAGCAGUCCGGACUACGGUGACCGUGUUAAAGCAAGACCCAUUUCCCGCAACCGUUCCCCUCGCUCACGUUCCCCCAGAGGAGACCGCCGCCGACGAAGCUCCGUCUCUCGCAGCCGCAGUGUAUCCUCGUCGCCUCACCGUGACCGGCGCCGGGCAGACUCCCUCAACUCCUCCUGACAGUGCCGGUACACGUGAUCAUAAUGAGAGCCGUCGACGCCGCAGCCCCAGCGGUGGUCGGAGCCGUAGCCGUAGCCGCAGUCCCAAGGACAUUGACGUUAAGCGGCGCCGCUCUAUGGAAAUUUACAACCCUGAUGAGAAACGACGCAAGAUGGCUGAUGAGAACGAGGACUCCAGCCGACCCCCGUCGAAAGCUGAUGACAGUGAGACAAAAACAAAAGAUGCCCAGCAGACCAAGAAAAGGCUUUCUGAGUGGGUGAAUUCAACCGAAUUUCGUCUAAAAUUACUUCGUGAGAGAUGCCUUGCCAUGCGUCGCUCCGAAAAGCCGGGAAGUGCCUCACAGCCAAAGCAGGACUAA